CUUCGUCGUUUCUACAGUCACCGUUACUUACAAACAUGAAAACCGCUUUCUUCGCCGUUCUCUCCCUUGUCGCGACCGCUUCUGCAUUCGCUCCCCAGCCGAGCUUUGGCGCACGGUCUAUGACCCACCUUUUCUCAGGUGGCAAGUACGAAGGCCAGCUAUUCGACAACGACGCCAAGAAGGACGUCUACGCCGCGUGGGACCCCAGCCAACCCCGUUCUCCUCUGAAUUUCAACCCUUUCGAAACAUGGGAAGGCAAUAGCCCCGAUGCUUCUGGAUUUUAUCCUGGCGAGGGUGGCUACAAAGACCCUAUCCGCGGAGAUGUUAGCUUCCAGAAGAUGAUGGACGAACGUGCCGAAUCCGAGCAACGCGCCGCUAAUCCCAAGCCGGGUGAUGUUCCUGGAGCACCGGGAUGCCGCAACUAAGUAGCUUGUAAGCUACCAGGAACACAUCAGUCCCCUACGCAAAGCUAUAGUUUUUAAAGCCGACGUCAUUCUUUCCAGAUUGAUAUAGCCAAACGAAAGGCGUUGUUUUA